AUGGGGUCUGCCAGAGACCGCCAGACGCCUCCGCCGCAUGAAAUCCGCAUCAGGGCCAAAUUCAUCAUCAACUGCACGGGGCCCUUCACCGACUCGCUCCGUAAGAUGGAUGACCAUAACUGCAAGACCAUCGUCGCCCCAGUCUCGAGAGUCUACGCCAUCCUGCCCGGCCAACAUGGGCCUCGUCGACCCCUCCACGUCCGGCGGCCGCGUCACCUUCUUCCCACCGUGGCAGGACAAAACCAUCGCUGGCACCACCAACGAGCCCGCGUCCAUCACGCCGAAUCCGCUGCCCGACGAAAAGUCGAUUGGAUGGAUCCCAAGCUCGUCCGCAACCACCUCGUUGACGUCUCCGCUUCGGGCCCCCUGACCUGCGCUGACAGCCAAUUGACGACUUACCCAGAACUACGGCGACCGCGCCUGGUCCGUCGCCAUUCUCUGCCGGCCCACAGACAAGCGCGGCGAGCGCCCCUCCUUCGAGGCCCAGACCUUGCUCGAGGCUCUGCCCAAGGUCAUGGACAUCGUGACCAGGGAGCUGAAAUGACGGGAACAGGCGAUGGCAAGAUCUCAAGUGGCGAGAAAAUGAGGUGCCGCGGCGAUGCUGCAGUGAGCCAUCCUCUUCUUCUUCAUGCGUCCGUAUGCUAA